UCCCUCACCCAAUUUAGCAUAUAUUACGCACAAUGGACUCUGAUAAUAUUCAGUCUUUGUCUUCCUUAUCAUCAUCUAAUUCCUCAUGCCAGCUUUCUCCAUGCAGUGCAUGGUAUAACCCUAACCCUCCAUUAAUAUCCCAAGCUCCAUGCAUAUCAUCACAGAAGCGAAUUAAAGUCGGGAGAAAGAAGUACAAAGUGACGCGCCACCCAUUAUACAAGGGCGUUCGGCAAAGAAACGGCAAAAAUUGGGUUUCUGAAAUACGUACUGGACCGAAAAGUAAGUCGAGAAUAUGGUUGGGGACUUAUGCUACCCCAGAAAUGGCAGCUAGGGCAUAUGAUGCGGCUGCCUUAGCAAUUCGAGGAACUAUGCAGGCUGUGCUCAAUUUUCCUGACUCAGCUUGGCUUGUUCCACGAGCUAGGUCGUCUUCUCCUAGGGAUAUACAGGAGGCUGCUUUCAUGGCCGCUGAGGCUUUUAGGCCAGGCGUUGUAUCGUCUUCCUCCUGCUCCUCCAAUACUACUGAUCUUCUACCCAAUAAGACCAAAGAUAAGGUUUUGGAAACUUCCAAGAGAGAGAACAAAGAUCAGAAGGUCUUAGAACCUUUGUCAUUAGAAAUUAUCUCUGCUAAUAAGAGCUCCUCUGAUGAUGAUGAAGAGGUUCCAAACCAGUAUAGUACGUUUUUCUUUGACGAGGAAGCAUUGUUCAAUAUGCCAGGUUUAUUGGACAGCAUGGCGGAGGGCUUGAUUCUUACACCACCGGCUAUAGGUAGAGGAUUUGAUUGGGAUGAUCAUGACUUUGCAUGUGACAUGGACUUGACUUUAUGGAGCGAUUGA